AUGAAUGUGAUAGAUAGUUACAAGCCUGUGAUGGCUAUGAUGGGAGUACAGGUUCUUGAAGCAGGAGUAGCUAUUUUUUCUGAAGCAGCAUUUUCACGAGGAUUAAGUCCUGAAAUCCUGUCAGUCUACAGGCAGGUCAUUGCAGCCUUGGUCAUAGCACCUAUGGCUUAUUUCUCAAGAAGGAGAGCGUCCAGUACAAUUUCUCUGGGACUAAAGGAAUUUGUAUUGUUAUAUAUAGCUGCUUUGCUUGGCCCAACAAUCAACUCAAUUGCCUUCUUUGAAGGCAUCUCCUUAUCUUCUUCAACAAUGUCAAGCACAAUGUCUAAUAUAGUUCCUGGACUCACUUUUGUAUUUACAGCAGCUAUAGGAAUGGAGAAAGUUAAUAUCCGCAGCUUGAGAAGCAACGCGAAGAUAAUAGGGACAGUUAUCAGUGUUAGUGGAGCCAUGUCCAUGGCAUUGCUCAAAGGGCCAAAACUACUUAACGCAGGAAUCGUAGCAACAAAAUCUUCCAGUGGCUCUAGUGGUGAGACUUGGUUGCUGGGUUCACUAAUCCUUUUUGGAAACAGUUGUUGCUGGGCAAUUUGGACCAUCAUGCAGGUCCCAAUAUCAGCAAGAUGUCCUGAUCCUUUACUCUCUACUGCUUGGAUGUGUUUCUUUGGAUCCAUACAAACAACAGCAGUUACCAUCUUCUUAAAGACAGAUCCACAAGCAUGGAAACCACAUUCAAAUCUUGAGUAUGCUUGUUUACUCUACGUAGGGAUUGCUUCUGCAAGCAUCAUUAUUCUUCAAGCCUGGUGCAUUGCACGAAGGGGUCCGCUCUUCUCAGCAAUGUUCAGCCCCCUAUCUACUGUUAUUGUUACCACCUUAGCUGCUAUAUUUCAACAUGAAAUGGUUUACACGGCAAGCUUGUUAGGCGCUGUUGCUGUGAUUGCUGGUUUGUAUAUGGUGCUGUGGGGUAAAGCUGAAGACCAAAGGGAGAUCAGACAAGUGACAAAUUUUAUACCACAAGUUGACCAGAGAAGUAUUCAGCAAGGUUCUAUAGAUGAAUCUUCAGGAAAGAACGUCUGCAAAAUAAAUUUGGAAAAGCCACUUCUACCUGACAAAUUCCCUAGUGUCGACAAAGUUGAUGAACCUGAAUGA